CCCACCUCUUCAGCUAAACACGUGUUGCAUACUAAACUAAAAAGCUAGCUAUGGCGGAGGAAGAAAGCACUGGUAGCGUCAUCAAGGAGGUACUAGAAGCUGUCAGCGGUGGCCGCCGAGACCUCAAGAUAGCGGGUGUCCAGUUGAAGAUAGUGGGAGAAGAUCUGAGCGUGUCUGAAGAAUUCAAACAGCCACUGGAGUUGAGCUUUUCCUGUCAGGGCCCAGCCUGUGUCAUCUGCUUCCAUGACGGUGCUAGGAGAGUGUUUGAAGCCACAGUGCGUGAGGUGGGCAAUGCAUACCAGGCAGGCUCCACCACAGUGCUGCUGAGGGUGUCUCAGGGCUCAGCCAUUGUCACUACACUAACACAGAAUGACACGACCCAGCUACUGAACCACCUCCAGUCUCAUGUUGCCGGGGGUGAGAAAAGACUGGGCAAACAGUCAGUGUUCACCCUGAGGACAGAAGAGGCUUCCUCCAAACAGUACUUCCAGUUCUAUGGCUACCUCUCACAGCAGCAGAACAUGAUGCAGGACUACAUUCGCACGUCUACCUACCAAAGUGCCAUGCUUCAAAAUGUAGUGGACUUUAAGGACAAGGUGGUCUUGGAUGUUGGAGCUGGUACAGGUAUCUUGUCGUUCUUUGCGAUCCAAGCAGGUGCUCGGAAAGUGUAUGCAGUUGAGGCGAGCAGCAUGGCGGUGCAUUGUGCUAAGCUGGUCAGCGCUAAUGGGCUCUCUGAUAAAGUCACAGUCAUUGCGGGCAAGGUUGAAGAGGUUGACAUUCCUGAGCAGAUUGACAUGAUAAUAUCUGAGCCGAUGGGCUACAUGCUCUACAACGAGCGUAUGAUUGAGAGUUACCUGCAUGCCAAGAAAUGGCUGAAACCAGACGGGAACAUGUUUCCCUCUAAAGGUGUUCUGUACCUGGCACCAUUCACUGACGAGGCGCUCUAUAUAGAGCAGUACAACAAGGCAACCUUCUGGACUCAGACUAGUUUCCAUGGCGUCAACCUUACGUCCCUCUCCUCCACAGCUCUGGAGGAAUACUUCAGACAACCAGUUCUGGAUAUGUUUGAUGUGCGCAUGGUGAUGGCCAAGCCUGUGGCUCACACUACUGACUUCCUGACAACCAACGAAACUGAUCUGCACAAAAUCUCCAUCCCUCUGACCUUUACCCUCUGGUCCACUGGCAUAAUGCACGGGCUAGCAUUCUGGUUUGAUGUGGCGUUCUGUGGAUCUCAGGAGACAGUAUGGCUAUCGACAGGCCCCACACACCCCCUCACACACUGGUACCAGAUUCGCUGUCUCUUACCUCGGCCUGUACUGGUUAACUCGGGUCAGGUGAUCAAUGGCAACAUCACUCUCACAGCCAAUCAAAGGCAGAGCUAUGAUGUAGAGAUUGUAUUGAAAGUUGUUGGUACGGACAUUCAACUCUCGAGUUCGUACGAUCUCAAGAACCCCAGUUUCCGAUACAUGGGUGCCCCCGGUAUGGUCCCAGGAACACAGCACACCAACCCCACCGAGGCUUACUUUGAGAAUCUAAUCCCCCAGCAGUCAGGGGGGCACAAUUCAGCAAACCCCCAGUCUAUGGUCGGAGGUGCUACGAAAACGGACAAUCCAAAUUUAGUCAACGGUGGCUCAAUGCUGCAACAAACGUCGCCCAUGGACCCGAUAUUGCCAUAUCAGCAAAUUCCUAUGCCAGUUCCGCCUCACGUUGUUCCAAUGUCACAAACAUUUACCUCAGCUGCGAGUGGCUCUAGUAAUGUUGUAGGUUCCCCCAAUCAGCUAAUGUACGCUAUGACAUCAUCAAAUGGAGGCGGGGUUAUGUACAAGUAUCAGCAGUUGCAUCCAGUCAGCCAACCAGCCACCUCCAGUGGUAUGUACCCGUCUCCCCAGUACACCGUGCCCAACUACACCCAGCAGCAAAUGAACAACUAUAGCCCCUCUUAGAGAUUGAUGGACUUGCUCUCCUCUGUAUCAUAGUGUAUUUAUUUACUCUAUCUGUUCAGAUAGAGACCCCCUUUGUAUAGAGUGACUCUUAUAUUGUCUGUGAGACUUUACUAUUUUCAUUUUGCACUUGUGAAACCUUUCCCACAUUGUGUGUGGAUGACUGAUUUGAUAUUAUAACUGGUCAAUAA